AUGGCUGACGCCUCGGCCUCGGAAGUCCGGCCUGAGGCGGCGGAGGCUGGUACAGAGCACUUUGACGCCUCACUGCCUGGCAGCGUUGUCGCCGUUCCACCGAUUUGGACGAAUGAAGAUGGCAGCUUCCGAACUCAGCCAGACAUUCCUGCGCCGCCACCGCGGAAACCGCCUCCACUGCGUAAUUCGACAAUUGCACCCUGGGUCCUCGCAGCCCGCCAGGCGGACAUUGCGCAAGCAAACGAGGAUGAGGCAUUGGAGAUGGACUACGAUGAGUACGGCUCUGGCGGGGGGUCUCCGCGCUCUGCUGAAGGAUCACAGCUCUCAAGCGCGGAGAUGUCUCAAGGAUCCGCUCUUGGCUCUAUGCCCUACAGCAUUGAUAGCCAACCACCUGUAGAUCCAGAUGCAAAUUAUGGUGGAGUGACACUCUCUCAGCUUGAGGAGUUCCUGGCAGUUCGCAAGGGGAUGCGGACAGCUUGCGGCACUUUGCCGAUGACUUUCGCGAUUUGGCUGGCCUAUGUGCUGCUCGUGAUCACCAUGGGAGCGGCAGAGGGGCCUUUCCAGACAGGGAACCUGAUAAAGGAGGAGGUCAGCAGUGCCGUCGCUCACCGGCCGAACCCCAUGACUCAGCUCAAUCGAACUUUCCGGCUGCACGAGAUGCAAGACUUUGAUGACAUCGGGUGGUGGAUGAAAACUGCAUUGGCUCCCACAAUCGAUCCACACAGCAGUCGUAUGGGAAACGCCGUGAAAAUUGUGGGCUUUGCAAGAGUGACCCAGUUGAAGGGCACAAUGGUUGAAUGCGACGGCUUGACACCCAAUCUUAAGCGGUUUUAUCCGGGCCUUUGCUACCCUCCUGCAUCUCCGGGCACAGUGGUGAAUUCAUUUGGGGCAUUUGAUGCUGAUGAUGCCUUCCAGGCGCUUGGUCCUGGGCGACCGGUUGGGGAGUUUGAGGCUUGGUUGGACACAGGCCGCCCUCUCAGCGAAGUGCAGUCGCGAAUUGACAGCCUCAUCGACAACCACUGGGUCGACAGACUAACGCAACACCUGACAAUCGAUGCCUUUUUCGUGAACUUGCAGACCAACGUUUAUGUGCGAGUCCGACAGCACGUGACGGUCUACAGAGAAGGUCUUAUCCAGAGCGCUUUAAGCGUGGUUCCGAUGAAAGCGGAAGUGGUCACACACUGGUCACACAUAUUCCUCAACUUGUGCUUCGCGAUCCUUCUGGCUGUGCAGCUGAUCUGGUUUGUGCAGCAGUGCCUCACGGAAUACAAGCGUGGGCUUUGGCGACUGCACUUUUGGGAUAUCUGGACUUGGCUGGACAUGUUGUCGAUCCUCGUCGCGCUGAUCAUCGUUUUCAUGGCUCUGGCCUUUGUGGUGGAUACGCAAAACUUCACCGUGAUGGUCUCCGACCUGGGUGACAUGCCAACCUGGUCGGUGUUGGAAGCACCGGCAGCUCGUAAAGUGCAGUCCAUUCUGCAGAACCGAGAAUAUCGGAACAAGUGCUCCGAGCUCUUGGCGGUGUUUGACAACGUCCUGAGCAUCAGCCUUUGGUUGCGCUUCAUGACUGCUUGGUAUGCAGUAUGCCUUUGCCUCCGCUUUUAUCGUGGGUUCACUGGACAACCACGAACCUCUGUAAUAUUGCAGUCAGUCCUGUACAUGUCGAACUUGUUCCUCCAUUAUAUGGUUGUGUUCCUGGUGGUUUGCGGCAAUUUUGCACUGAGUGGCUACAUCCUGUUCGGGGAGCAGGUACCCGCUUGGUCCACCUUCGGUGGCAGCAUCAUAACUCUAACUCAGGUCAUGCUUGGCGAGUUUGAUUAUAAUGCCAUGCGAAACGUCGCCCCAGUCCUAGCAAUGAUCUGGUGGUGGAGCUUCUUCCUGUCCACGACUGUGGUGCUGUCCAGGGUUUUGACAGCGGCUGUGCUGCAGCUGUUCUUGGAGGUCCGUCAAGCUUUGGGCGAGCCAGGGAUUGGGCUACCAAAACAAAUUCUGGCAGUUGCCAAGAACUUGUGGUACCAACGAUCUUACGAAGGAUCCAUGAAAAGUGUUCCUGAUGAUGACCUCCUCACCAUGCUUGCAGCAGACCUGGAUCCAGCUCAUGUCAAGAAGCUCAUGCAAAUGAAGACCGACAGAAGGCUCUGCACACGAGAAGAUCUGGCAAAAGCCGAGAAAGACAUCAAGGUCGAUGUGGAGUUCUUAGUGAAGAGAGGUAUGGACCCGCUUGGUGCCGAGCGUCUGAUUGAACGCACAGCCAACUGGGCUCUUAACAUCUCUACCACAACUUCUGCCACCAACCGGCUCAUGCUGCUCGUUGCAAAGCAGAUGGAAUAUAUCACGAACGAGGCAGACCGAAUCCAGCGCAAGAUCCGGACUAGGAUCGACCGAGCGGCGCAGUCGGCAGACCGGGUGGACGUGAAGCACGCCAAGUGUGCGGCACUAGCAAAGCGACUCCGACGUGCGCAACAAAUACCCGCAGGCUGGACGGCUCAUCGAGACGAGAAUGGCCGCAGAUACCUGCGCCAUGAGGAAAGUGGGCUCACUUCGUGGACAUUGCCUCGAGCACUCAUUUGA